UAUUAACUUCCGGCGUGUGUUCGCAAAAUUUGAAGGCUUUCUGUGCAUGGCAUUUUGCAUUGCAAAAAGGACAGAGAUAAUAAUAAGAGUUUGUGAUACAGAAAUAAAAACACCAUGUUUCAGACAAGAUCGGAAUAUGACAGGGGUGUGAACACAUUUUCACCAGAGGGAAGACUGUUUCAAGUCGAGUAUGCCAUUGAAGCUAUCAAGCUGGGCUCUACAGCAAUUGGUAUUCAGACAUCCGAAGGCUGCGUCCUGGCUGUGGAGAAGCGAGUUACAUCCCCCCUCAUGGAGGUGUCUAGCAUUGAGAAGAUCGUUGAAGUAGACAGUCACAUUGGGUGUGCUAUGAGCGGACUGAUCGCAGAUUCCAGGACGAUGAUCGACAGGGCCAGAGUAGAAGCACAGAGCCAUUGGUUUACCUAUAACGAGAAGAUGUCUGUGGAGGCAGUAACACAAGCCGUGUCUAAUCUAGCUAUGCAGUUUGGAGAUGAUGAUGCUGACAGUGGAGCAAUGAGUCGACCAUUUGGUGUUGCUUUGCUGUUUGCUGGUUGUGACGAGAAAGGGCCAAGAUUAUUUCACAUGGAUCCAUCAGGAACCUUCAUCCAAUACGAGGCUAAGGCUAUAGGGUCAGGAUCAGAAGGGGCGCAGUCACAACUGCAAGAGGUCUAUCAUAAGUCCAUGACACUGAAGGAAGCCUCCAAGGAGGCCCUUGUCAUACUCAAGCAAGUCAUGGAAGAAAAACUGAGCUCGACUAAUGUAGAGAUGGCCAACAUAACGAGAGAGAACUAUUUUGUCAUGUUCACCAAGGAAGAGAUUGAAGCCAUUGUUGCAGAGAUGUAGAUAGGUCCAGAUUGUUUGUUAAAGUUAAAUCUUCUUUUGUUAUUAUUUGAUGUCAAACCAUGUCCCCUUAAAGAAAAGUUUGUAAGUGGUUAACUAUAAGUGGUCCACACAGUCACCCCAUCUACUAGUCCACUGCCACUUUGUGAGGAACAUUACAGAGUUGAUUUUGCUAACAAACCAGACUCUGGCAAAGUAAGCACUUUACGUAAUCCAUAUGCACCAACUGAUAAGUGAUCGAUCAGCUAUCUGGGUCAUGCAAAAAUAGCGAAGAAUCAAUUACACAUUUUGCAUGACGUCUUAAAAAAAAAUUUAAAAAAAGGGAAUUUAGUUUUAUUUAUUUCUCAUCAAAGAAA